CUUAUUUCGCAGUGUUUCCGUUUGGAUAUAGUCAGAAACAUUUAUUACACAGAAAAGAACCAACGGGCAGCGCAAUGUUUUGGCAAUUAGUCGUUUAGCAGCACUGAUUUCCAAAUCUAGAUUUCAACACUGCAAACUAAAGUAGUCAAAGUAUACAUCUACAGAAUUUUCAAUUUGUUUAGGGUCCAAUCAAAUCCUGCAAAAGUUUAAUAAAAGUAAAAAGAUGGAUCCUGCACUGCUUCGUGAACGCGAAGCGUUCAAAAAACGGGCCAUGGCCACGCCAACCGUUGAAAAGAAAGCUAAGAUUGAACGGGCUCCCCCGUCAUUAUCUAGCGAUGAUACAAAGAGGAAGAUGCGACCUCCUACGGCUCCAAAGCUGGAUGCAUCCUCAUACAAAACUAUGUCUGGCAGUUCACAAUAUCGGUUUGGUGUCCUAGCGAAGAUUGUUAAGUUUAUGCGUACACGUCAUCAGGAUGGAGAUGACCAUCCGUUGAGCAUUGAAGAUAUAUUGGAUGAGACAAAUCAGUUAGACAUUGGUCAGUCUGUUAAAAAUUGGCUAGCUGGCGAAGCUUUAAGUAAUAAUCCCAAGAUCGAGGUCAGUUCCUGUGGUCAGAAAUUUAGUUUUAAGCCUGUCUACAAGAUAAAAGACGGAAAGACUUUAAUGCGGCUGCUAAAGCAGCAUGAUUUAAAAGGACUGGGUGGCAUACUUCUUGAAGAUGUACAGGAGUCGCUGCCACAUUGUGAUAAAGUAUUAAAAAAUCGGGCAGCAGAAAUUCUAUUUAUCAUUCGACCGAUAGAUAAAAAGAAGAUUUUGUUCUAUAAUGAUAGAACGGCCAACUUUUUAGUGGAUGACGAAUUCCAAAAGCUUUGGCGGUCGGCCACAGUCGAUGCCAUGGAUGAUGCUAAAAUUGAUGAAUAUCUUGAAAAACAAGGAAUUCGCUCUAUGCAAGAUCAUGGUCUCAAAAAACCAGUGCCAAAGCGUAAAAAAGCUGCCGGCAAAAAAAGGCAGUUCAAAAAACCCCGCGACAAUGAGCAUUUGGCAGAUGUUUUGGAGACUUACGAGGAUAACACCUUAACACAAAAGGGUGUUAUUCCCACAUAAUUAAUUAAAUUAAUUAUCUACAAAUAAUUAUAAUGAUUAUUAAAUAUAUAACCCCACGCUUAGCAAUGCCUCUUGGAAA